AUGGCAUACUUCACUCACUCACAACCUGCAAUCACAAUCUCCAAGGGGCUUACCUGGGAGCAAGCUGUCACUUCACUAGCACGACACAAUUUCAAUGUUGCUCGUGCUGCAGAUGCAUACUUCUCUGGAGAGGUGAAUGUGGAGGUCAAGAAUACGACUUGUGUUGAGGACAUGGAUGUACACAAAGAGCAAGUCAAUUUUUCACAAGACCCAGCUUCGGAAGCGUCAUGGCAGACUAUCCCUGAACCUCAACCAGCGACAUGGAAUGAUAAUGGAAACAAGGAGAUGACACCGCCACCGGAUUCAUCAAGCACGACACCUUGGACGGAUCCAUUCGACCCCUCUAAACGUAUGGCUAUCGAUGAUUCAUGUAUUGGCCUUGCUCCUGUGUAUUAUGGUUUACCUUAUCUACCGGCAUUUGUACAAGUGCUCUUCCACAUCCCUGUGAUCCAUCAAGCUAUUUUAUCAUUUCAACCCACAACGUAUGACUGGGGAUCUCCAAGAUACUAUUGGUGUGGCGAAAGUGACCAGAUACCAACAUACCCACCCAUUACAUCACAAUCGUCGUCAGCAACACCACCCCCAUCACCGCUUAUCGACCUUGGCGACGAUGAUGCAUCGGAUCUGACAACAGCCAACGACAUGCACCACCACAACAACAGCUUGCCAAAAAGUAGUUUGGCGCUUUGUGAAUUACAAAAGCUAUUCGGAUUUCUCUCAUUUUCAAAUCGAGGAUAUGGCAGCGUCAAACAACUCAUGCAAGCUUUGGAACGAGAAUCGAUUGCAUGCUUGACCCCAACCAUGGAUAACGACGUCGAUGAUUUUCUGGAAAAGUUGCUUCUAUAUCUUGUAAAAAUGGAGGAUCACCGAGCCAAUACUUCCAAGCCAUCAAUGACCUUGACAAGCCUAUUCCAAAGCACAAUGCUUGAUGUGCUGGGCGACGUGAUGAAGAACAAUGGAACAUAUCAUCUUACGCUGGAAGUGGAUGGGAAUAUGAGCACUUUUCAUACGGGAUUUGCGUGUCUUGGAUGUCGUCAAGGACUUUUGGAUUAUAUGGAGGCUGAUGCACAAGAGCUUGAUGAUGCACAACACGAUCCGUUCUUGACGUUUGACAAGCUUCCCCGUAUCCUGAUUGCUACCAUACACCAUAAAGCAAGUACAUCUUCUUCGUCUCGCUAUUGCCUUGACAAGACCAUCUACUUGGAUCGAUAUCUGACAGAGAACAAGAACGAGCUAAUGAAGCGUUGUGCACAAGCCCGACAAUGGCGACGAGAAAUACAGGAGGUUGAGAAAGCAAUUGACAGUAUAAAGAAUAUUUCGGUGAAUGACAGAAGCAUGGAAGCACAAGUCUAUGAUCGCUGCGACAUUCUUAGCAUGGCACUAUCCUAUGUAAAGGAGAAGCGACCGGAUCACGCUGCAAUCGGAUCACUUAUGACUAUGCAUGAUGCUAUCCAAUCCCAUAUCGGCAAGCAAACCACUGAUGUUAACCAAAAAAUAUCGAUGCUUCGCCACAAGAUUGCCAGUAUACUCAAGGACGACAACUUUAAGAUGAAACCCUACGGCUUACAGUCUGUGGUGUAUCGUGAGAGAGGUGAUGAUCAUGAGCGAUAUUGGUGUCAUAUAUGGGUGCGCAAGGAUAAGGACAAAGGAGGUCAAUGGUAUCGAUUCAGCGAGGGCGACGUUUCUAAAGUGACGGAGGCCGAGGUGCUUGCAGAAGAAAGACUUCCAUUCGCUGUCACCUAUAUGGAUUGCUCAGUACCAAAAUUGUCACAAUCGGAAGCAAGAGGAUGUAUACCCGAAAGUCUAAAGGACUUCAUUCGCAUGGACAACGAUGACUUUGAGGAAGAAGUUCGAGCUUAUGCAGCCAUGAACAAUCAAGAUACCAAUCACCACAAUGAUUCUUCAAGUGGAUUCCCAGACGAAGAUACCGACGCAUCCAGCAUAUUAUCCAUGUCAUCCGAACCUCCCUCACCUCGACCUGGUAUUCGCAACAACCCUGCUGCAAUGGAAAAGUUGAGGACCACUAUUAGCAUCUUGAUGACUGCUGGUACCGAAUUUUUGGCGUAUGAUCCCAAGAUAUGCAAAGGAUUUGAAUACUUUCUUGCAAUCCUUCAAUCAUCCGAAGCAUUGGAAAUCUUUCUCUCGCAUUACACAAGUGACCACAAUGGGAUAUCAGUGGUGCAUGAACAAGAAUCUAGAUACGAUCCCAAUCUAUCAGCAUUGUGGAGACAAUAUGAUAUCUUUGCAGGUCUCGCCCAAGCCAUGACAGAAGCUCUCACUUGUUUUGUGAAAAGAAGCUAUGGCGACGCUCUUAACAGGCUGAUACAAGUGAAACAAAAGGAAGAGAACUGGAAAGCACAGCUGCAGGAUGGUGAAUCGGCUGAUGUUGGCGACACCUUCCCCAUGUUACAAUUUCUCGGCUUCAAUGUUGUUGUGAGUAAAUAUGGCAAGGCUUGCUUGAAGAUCAUGGAUGAUAUUGCAUUCAACAUGGUAUCGGAGCCUAUAUAUCGAGGGCAAGGAUUGCAGGACGCGAUAGACAUUGCACACAAGGCACAAUUGGUUGUGGGAGUGGAUCGCAUGGAGAAGGAUAAGACUUUCAUACGCAUGAGACAUCGAUGGAUCGAAUUCAGCUUGUCAUCUUCGCCUGCUCGUACGUGUUUAGGACCACAACAAAGUGAGCUGCUGGACACACUCGUCACUGCCUAUUUGGAUGUCGGCACCGCAUUAUCAAUACCAUCCCCUUUUCAAGCUUCAUCGGCAUUCACAGCUCGCAACCUUCCUCCAUCAGCAUCAGAUCGUCCUCUUUCAAAAAGAUACGAGGAAUCGUUGAUCGAAGCAGCAACUCAUUUGCGUCAACUGAAGAAAAAUUGGGAUGAAGCAGAAAAGAGUCCUCUUGUUAGACAAUGA